CAAAGAACGCGGACAUGAAAACAAAACGUGCAACCGGUAGAAGAAAUGCCGCCGAAAUCGAGCAGCAAGAAAAACCAGGCCAGCUGGUAUCACUGCGAGGCCUGUGGCGUCCACAUUCCCUCCAAGGCGAGAGACAACCACGAUGACCACUGCUCCACAAUCAGCCAAGGCGAUGCCACUCCAGAUUCCGAUGCGGAGUACGUGCGAAGCGGAACGAUCUUCACGAGAAGUGUGCAGCAGGGUAACUUUGAGGUGGAAUCGCUGAAGGAUCUUUCUACCAAGUAUGCCAACAUGCUGUUGUUUGUCUCCGAGGGAGCAAUGCAGUUAGCCCAACUGCAUAUUGGUCAGCAUGUGGUGAUAGAGGCACCGUCGGUGGAGCUACAGCCGCUGGUGAGGAUUUUAUGGCCCAUAUCAGAGCAAUUCCUUACUACGGUGUUUGUGAGCGAGGGAGAUUUCAAGCUCCAUUGGACGCAGUUACGUGGUAAGCUCUUAAAGAUCAGUUCCCUGGACACCAGUUGUCUCACAGCUGCUGCGAGCAUAUCCUUGAGACAAAUAAACAGCAAAGAGACUCCAUUGGCGCCAGGACAGAUGCAGGAGGCCAUUGCCCUGCUUAAAAGAGACAUUGUCAAUGGGAUCUUUUGCAAUGGUAGUGAAAUCUAUAUGAAUUUCUUCAACAAGAAGUUGCUUUUUCGCCUGGAACGAUGGCAGGGUACAGUGGAAGAAGCACUAGCUAGUCUCAGUCUGGAUUCCAAGCCCUUGCAGUUUGUCCAGGUGACCAACGUGACGAAACUCCAGCUAAUAGCUGAGAGUGCGGAGCAACAGCAAAAUGAGCAGAAGAAAAACCAUCGCAUUACCAAAUCCCAAAUAGGAGGGCUGGACAGGCAAUUGCACCUGGUAGAGGAGUGCAUGGAGUAUGCCUUAGGCUUUAGGGCGUUACCUACAGGCCUUAGGGUAUCGCGUGGAAUGCUUUUAUAUGGCGCCACUGGCUGUGGCAAGUCCCUAAUCCUGGAGGCCAUGUCUGCGGUGGCCGAGGAGCGCAGUCAAGGAAAUGCCCAACUCAUACGCAUCAACAGUGGCGAAAUCUACAGCAAGUUCUUGGGAGAAACCGAACAAAAGCUGACGGCAAUCUUCGAACGUGCCUAUAAUCAUUAUCCGCACCCAACACUUCUGCUGAUUGAAGACGUCCACAAUCUGUGCCCCAAACAGGAAAGCAGUGAUCUGAUCAAGCGCGUCUCGUUGGCCUUUCUCUCUUUAUUGGAUCAGCUUAGCAGUCCCAGUCAGCUGAAGGGAAGCAGAACCUUCCUGCUGGCCACCAGUUCUCAGAUUGAAUCCCUGCAUCCGAGCAUAAGAAGAGCUGGUCGAUUGGACAAUGAGCUGGAGUUGGGUGCUCCAACUCCCCAGGCGCGAAGAGAGAUUAUAGAGUGUUUGACCCAGUCUUUGGAUCAUCAGUUAAGUGAAGAGGCGGCGGAGCAUAUAGCUUCCAUAACCCAUGGCUAUGUGGGAGCAGAUCUUGCGAAUCUGGUGUAUGCCGCCAUGCUGCAGGCACAACCCCAUCCGCUCCAGCUACAACAUUUGCAGGCUGCCCUGACCCGCAUCAAACCUUCGGCUAUGCGUGAAGUUCUUAUCGAGUGCCCCAACGUCCAGUGGGCGGAUAUUGGUGGGCAAUCGGAACUCCGUUUGGCCAUGCAACAAGCCAUAGAAUGGCCGCUGCUCCAUGCUGAGAAAUUCCAACGAUUGGGCAUCAAGCCGCCCAGGGGUAUCCUCAUGUUCGGACCGCCUGGCUGCUCCAAAACGAUGAUUGCCAAAGCUCUGGCCACCGAGAGUAAGCUUAACUUUCUUUCGAUCAAGGGACCGGAGCUCUUUUCCAUGUGGGUCGGCGAAUCGGAGAGGGCGGUGCGUGAGGUCUUCCGAAAGGCUCGCCAAGUGGCACCCGCCAUAGUUUUCUUCGACGAAAUCGAUGCCAUUGGCGGCGAGCGGUCCGAAGGCGACGGUUCUGGCUCCGGAUCGGGUUCCUCUGUAAAAGAACGCGUUCUCACCCAGCUUUUAACCGAGAUGGAUGGCGUGGAGGCUCUGCAAAAUGUUACUAUUGUUGCAGCCACAAAUCGACCGGAUAUGAUCGACAAGGCUCUACUUCGACCAGGAAGAAUUGAUCGUAUCCUCUACGUGGGUUUACCCAAGACGGAAGCGCGUCGUGAAAUUUUAAAAAUUAAACUUCGGGCUAUGCCGGUAUCGAAGGAUGUGGACAUGGAGAAAUUGGUGCAAUUGACGGAGGGAUAUUCCGGUGCAGAAAUCCAAGCGGUGUGUCAUGAAGCUGCGUUGCGCGCUUUGGAGCAAAGCUUCGAGGCGGAGCAAGUGCAGUGGUUGGACUUUGAGCAUGCCUUGAAGGCAGUGCCACCAAGAACAAGUCCGGAAUUGUUGAAAUUAUAUGAGGAUUAUCUCAAAAGGAAGUAGAAACCCGAAGGAGAUAUUAAUGAGAAGUUAAGCAAUUGUUCUUAAGACAAACCAAGAGGAUUUGUAUAUAAAAACGAAUGAAGAAAUAUGUUUUAAUAGUAUUUCUUAAGAUUUAAGGCCUGGUAAAUCUGAGAUUGUAAUCGAAAAAUUUAGAGCUUUUAGCAGGCACAGCCUUAAACUCCAACCGACGAUUGUAAACUGUAAAAGUGUGAGAUAUACAGUCCCCUUUUUUCUGUUAGACAUUACUUUGCUUUAUUUAGAGUUCUCUGAUUAGGCUAAAGAGAUAAGAUCAAAAGCAGAAUAAUCAGUUAACCCCAUACUGAAUUUGUAUAAAGGCACAAAUUUCCCAAA